AUGCCGGGCGACGAGACACGAACGAAGCACGCUGGGGAGGAGAGCGAGAGCGAGGACGAGAGCGACGUCGAGCCGGUCGUGAAGGUCGAGAUCGACCCCUCAAAACUGACUCCGCUCAGCCCAGAGGUCAUUUCGAAACAGGCUACGAUCAACUUGGGGACGAUCGGGCACGUUGCGCACGGAAAAUCGACGGUCGUGAAGGCGAUCUCGGGCGUGAUGACGGUGCGGUUCAAGAACGAGCUUGUGCGGAACAUCACCAUCAAGCUGGGGUACGCGAACGCGAAGCCACAUCCCCUCCCUCCCUUCCUCUCUCACACAAACACAACUGGGACGCAUGGGACACCUCGUGCACAACAACAGAUCUACAAGUGCGAAAACGACGCCUGCCCGCGCCCGGGGUGCUACCGCUCCUACCGCUCGGACAAGGAGGACAGCCCGCCGUGCGAGCGCCCUGGGUGCGGCGCGCGCAUGCGCCUCGUGCGCCACGUCUCGUUCGUGGACUGCCCGGGGCACGACAUCCUGAUGGCGACGAUGCUGAACGGCGCGGCGGUGAUGGACGCCGCGCUGCUGCUGAUUGCGGGCAACGAGACGUGCCCGCAGCCGCAGACGAGCGAGCAUUUGGCCGCGGUCGAGAUCAUGAAGCUCGAGAAUAUCAUUAUACUGCAGAAUAAGGUCGAUCUGAUCAAGGAGGAGCAGGCGUUGGAGCAUCACAAGAGUAUCACGGCGUUCGUCAAGGGAACGGUCGCGGAGUCGUCGCCGAUCGUGCCCAUCUCGGCGCAGCUCAAGUACAACAUCGAUGCGGUGAACGAGUACAUCGUGAAGCGCAUCCCGAUCCCCGUGCGCGACUUCACCGCGGACCCGCGCCUCAUCGUCAUCCGCUCGUUCGACGUGAACAAGCCCGGCGCGGAGGUCGACGAGCUCAAGGGCGGCGUCGCGGGCGGGUCGAUCCUCACGGGCGUGCUGCGCCUCGGGCAGGAGGUCGAGAUCCGCCCGGGGAUCGUGACGAAGGACGCACAGGGGCGGAAUCGCUGCAAGCCGAUUUUCUCGCGGAUUGUGUCGCUGCAUGCGGAGACGAACCAUCUGCAGUUUGCGGUGCCGGGCGGCUUGAUUGGGGUCGGGACGAGGAUCGACCCGACGUUGUGCAGGGCGGACAGGCUCGUGGGCCAGGUGCUCGGCGCGGUGGGCAAGCUGCCCAAGAUCUUCACCGAGCUGGAGAUCAGCCUGUUCCUGCUGCGGCGGCUGCUGGGGGUGAAGACGGAGGACAAGAAGCAGACGAAGGUGUCGAAGCUGGUGAAGAACGAGCUGCUGCUGAUCAACAUCGGCUCGACGUCGACGGGCGGGCGCGUGCUCUCCGUCAAGGGCGACCUCGCGAAGAUCCAGCUCACGAGCCCCGCGUGCACGGAGGUCGGCGAGAAGGUCGCGCUCUCCCGCCGCAUCGAGAAGCACUGGCGGCUUGUCGGAUGGGGCAGCGUGCAGCGCGGGACGGUCUUGGAAGUGGAUUAG